UCCAAACUUCUAUCACGCUUUCCAAUGGAUUUAGUUUCAGAUGGCAGCAAUCGCGAGAUUGAUCCUUGUCUGUACGAGGCCGCAUUUAAGGGUAAUAUUGAACUCUUCAAGGAAACCAAUCAACAUCUUAACCUUUUAGUAACACCAAUCAAAAAUACAAUCGUUGAUAUUUAUAUCACGUCCCCAAGUCCAAUCCCAAAAUCAAGGGAGUUUGUGAAGGAAAUCCUUGAGAUAUGUCCAUCACUACUACUACAACGUAAUGCACAUGGAGAUACGACACUACAUCUUGCUGCAAGAUGUGGACAUGUUGCUAUAGUGGAAGUUCUUAUUGAGCUUGCAGAAUCUCAAGGUGAAGAGCUAGAAAGUGGGGUAGGUGCCAAGCAGCAGAUGUUGAGGAUGAAGAAUAAUGAGGUAGACACAGCUUUGCACGAGGCCGUGCGGAAUAACUAUAUCGGUGUGGUGGAAAUAUUAACCAAAGAAGACCCUGAAUUUUCAUAUUCUACUAAUAAUUUCGGCGAAACUCCACUUUACAUCGCUGCCGAGGGAAGAUCUCUCGAUGUAGUGACUAAAAUACUAGAGACUUGUAAAUCAGCCUCUCAUGAAGGCACCGAUGGGAAGACGGCUUUGCAUGCGGCAGUCCUGAGCGGAGAUCUAGAUAUAGUAAAAGCAAUACUUGAGAAAAAGGGAAGGUUGACNUUUAAAAGGUCUCGUUGA